UUGCUCUGUCACUCAGAACAGCAACUUCAGAAAUCACAUGGAGAAAAGGAUGAUUCUGGGGAUCCUCACUCUGACCACCAUGAUGGGUCCCUCUGGUGGUGAAGACAUUGUGGAUCACGUUGCUUCCUAUGGCAUAAAUGUCUACCAGUCUUAUGGUCCCUCUGGCCAGUUCACCCAUGAAUUUGAUGGAGAUGAGGAAUUCUAUGUGGACUUGGAGAAGAAGGAAACUGUCUGGCAGCUGCCUGUGUUUAGUACAUUUGGAAGUUUUGACCCACAAGGUGCAAUGAGAAACUUGGCAAUAGCAAAACAAAACUUGAACAUCCUGAUUAAACUCUACAACUAUACCGCUGCUACCAAUGAGGUUCCUGAGAUGGCUCUGUUUCCCAAGUCUCCUGUGAGUCUGGGUCAGCCCAACACCCUCAUCUGUCUUGUGGACAACAUCUUUCCUCCUGUGAUCAAUGUCACGUGGUUGAAGAACAGGCACUCAAUCACAGAAGGUGUUUCUGAAACCAGCUUCCUCGCCAAGAAGGAUCAUUCCUUCCUAAAGUUCAGUUACCUCACCUUCCUCCCUUCUGCUGAUGAUAUUUAUGACUGCAAGGUGGAGCACUGGGGCCUGGAUGAACCACUUCUGAAGCACUGGGAACCUGAAAUUCCAGCCCCUAUGUCAGAGCUGACAGAGACUGUGGUCUGUGCCCUGGGGUUGGCUGUGGGCCUUGUGGGCAUUGUGGUGGGCACAGUCUUCAUUAUCCAAGGCCUGCGCUCAAGCAGUGCUUCCAGACAUCAAGGACCCUUGUGAGCCGCACCCUAGAAAGGAAGGUAAGCGUUCAGAUUUGUCAGAGCUGAGAGCUGGAGACACAGCACAGGAGGAAGGAAACUGGGAGGAAUUUGUGGACACAGAUACGGUUGAAAGGUUGUAGGAGUCUGGGGGAGGGCAUGAUGACAGCACAGGAGCCCCCUAGGAUCAACCACCCCAUGUCUGUCCUAUUGCAGGAGCACCGCAUGUCCGCCGACCAGAGCAGAAGAGUGGACUUGAUAGGUGACCUGGCACUAUUGCCUCGUCCAGCUCACCGUAUUCCUUCUCUCUCCAAUGCUCCUCCUCUCACCUCUUUUCUGGAACUUAAGGUCCUCCUAUAUCCUCUGAGAGCUCACAUGCCCUUUGGAAUUCUGUCCCUUGAAUGCCUGAUUUUUUUUUUUCUUUUCUCAGUUGUUACCUACAGUGAGCUGUCUGGGAUAGUCCAUCCAGUUCCCUGAUUCUUUGUAACCCUGAUCCAUUAUUCCCAUGGAAAUAAUAAAUUUCCCUUUAUGAGAUCUUU